AAAAACAACAAUACAGAAAUGUUAAUAAAAAUAUUUUAUUUGGUUUAGAUUUAAUAGCAAAUAUAUUACAUGCUAAUUUACCUGUAUUCAUAGUGCUCUUUAGUCAUAUUGUACUUCGACAUGAUAUGAAAUAAUCGUAUCGAUGUAAUAGAGUUUUGGACGCGUAUCGUGUCAGCAAUUAUUAAUUUCGUGUAUUUUAUUAUAAUAUACAAACAUGCACGAGGCAUAUGAGGUGUCCCACCUUCUUAAUCUUACGGUCCAAAUAGAAGCUAUUGCAGCAUAUGAUGAUCACCUGAUACUGGGGACCAGGCAGGGCCACCUGAUGAUGUAUUCACUGUCAACCACUAACGGGAAUCAGAAAUAUGAGCUACAACUCUUACAGUACUGUAAGAAUUUUAGCAAGAAACCUAUUCAGCAAAUUGAAGUUAUCCCAGGAGAUAAUCUUCUUUUGUGUCUCACCGAUAACAUACUCACGACACAUGAUAUUAAAGGUGUGAAUUUCCCACUUCUGAAAACAUUUUCACAAACGAAAGGGGCAUCCCUAUUUGCUAUUGACAAUAAGUCUCAAACCUCCAUGACUGGUGAAUCAAAUUCCGUGGUCCGCCUUUGCGUCGCCGUGCGAAGGAAGCUGCAACUGUUUUACGGAAAGAAUGGAGAAUUCAAACAGCAUUUGUUUGACUUCAAUAUUCCCGAUGUGCCAAAGGUUUUGGCGUGGGGCCAACAAUAUUUAUGUGUUGGUUUCAAAUCCGAAUAUACAUUGUAUGAUCUUUCAUCAGGGAAGCCCAAAGAACUCUUCCCGACCAGCAGCUCCAGGUCUCUAGAGCCCACCAUAGCAAAGUACUCGGAAACUUGCUUCCUGUUGGGUCGUGAUCUCACCUCAGUUUUAGUUGAAGAAGCUAAGGAGAUAGAAAUAAGGAACACUGUUAAGUGGCAGUCAGCACCUAUUGCUCUUGUGUGGGAUGAGCCUUACCUUCUCGGGCUGAUGCAGGACGACAACGUGGUGGUGCAGACAGUGGAGCCCGCCUUGUUCGUGCAGACACUGCCUGAACUUAACAAAGCGAGACUGAUGUACAGAUGUAACCGAGGCCUGGUGUUUGCUGCCUCGGUAGGGCAAGUGUGGUGUCUGAGCUCCGUGGACAUCAAUAAACAAAUACAGCAGCUCCUCAAAGACAAACAGUUCCAAAUUGCCAUCAACUUGACGAGUUUGAACGACUGCCCAGAGGAAGAUAAGCGUCAAAAGAUACACUCCAUUCAAAUGCUGUACGCUCUAGAGCUAUUCGACAACAAGAAAUACGCUCAGGCUAUGAACGAAUUCGGUAAACUGAACACCGAUCCCGCCGACGUCAUAAAGUUAUUCCCAGAAUUAGAUAACAAACCGGGCUCUAGCGGGAAAAAUGGGAAACUAAAAGGGGAAGACUUAGAAAAUGCAUUGAACGCUUUAGUGAAGUACUUGUUGGAGUUGAGGUCGAGGAAGAGUAGUGCGAGCGAGGCGAGUGGUUCUCAGGAUGAGGCGGGACAGAGGAAUGUGCAGCAGCAGCUGGAACUCAUUGAUAUAACGCUUCUGAAGUGUUAUUUGCAGAUCAACGACGCCCUAAUCGCGCCACUCCUACGCCUAAACAACUGCCGACUAGACGAAGCAGAAAAGAUCCUGUCAGCGCACGGGAAAUAUACGGAUCUCGUGAUCUUGUACCAAACUAAAGGGCAGCAUCUGAAGGCUCUGCAGCUUUUGAAGGAGCAGGCUAAGCAGCCAGACUCUAAUUUGAAGGGAUACAAUAUGACCAAGAAGUGUUUACAGCAACUAGGUGCCGAACACAUCAAUCUAAUCUUCGAGUUUUCCGACUGGAUCAUACGGGACCACCCCGAAGAAGGCCUCAAAAUAUUCAUCGAAGACAAAAUCGAAGUUGAAAACCUACCGCGACCGAAAGUUCUAGAUUUCUUACUACGGGAACACAAAUCUCUAGUCGUUCCUUAUUUAGAACAUGUCAUACAUACAUGGAACGAUACUAAUAAUCUAUUCCACGAUGCUUUGAUUAAUAUGUAUAGAGAAAAAAUAACGGAUAAGAAGGCUAAUAUUACUGAAGAGGAGCUCCAGCAUACAAAGUCGAAAUUGUUGGCGUUCCUCGAGAAAUCUUCACAUUAUACGCCGGAGAGAGUAAUAUUGCAUUUCCCGUCCGACAGUUUGUUUGAGGAGAGGGCUAUUAUUUUGGAGAAGUUGGGCAGGCAUGAACAGGCGCUUGCUAUUUAUGUACAGAUUUUAGGCGACGUCGAUCGAGCCAUUCAGUACUGCGAGAAAACCUGCGAUACUUCCAACGAAAAGAGCCGCGACAUAUACAUAAUGCUGCUUCGAAUCCUCAUGAACCCUCAACAGAGCAGCGCACUGACAGGCCCUCUGGCCAACAUACCCAGACACCCGAAAACGUCGGAACCGGACCUGGAGACAGCUCUUAGUAUAUUGGAGAAACACGCGGACAAGAUAUCUCCUGUCAAGGCUCUCUCUGUGCUGCCCGAUUCAGUGCCGCUGGCCAGGUUGAAGCACUUCCUGGAGAGCGCCGUGGACAACCAGCUCACGCUGAAGCGAAGAACACAAGUACUCAAGGGAUUGCUGUAUGCGGAACAUUUACAGGUACAAGAGUUAAAACAGUACCACGAGUCAAAAAGCGUAGUAAUCAACGACUACAACGUGUGUCCCGUAUGCAAGAAGCGCUUCGGUAACCAGAGCGCCUUCGUGCGCUACCCUAACGGUGACAUCGUGCACUAUUCAUGUAGGCUAGACAAGUGAACCCAUCAAACUACGGUAUAUGUUACAUCAGAUUAGAGCCACAGAUAAAGACACAGGGAUCUCCAUUAAGAGUCCCCGGCAAGCUCAGCCAUUGCACCUUCUUAGACAAACGUAGUUCCGCUCUCAUUUUCAAACUACGUGUUGGAUUGUGAUUAAACUUUGCACAUGCAAUGACAUGAGGUAUAUCUAGCUCUGUAAUUAGUUUAUAUGUGCCAUUCUCAAUCAAAAGUGUACUUAUUGUCGGUUGUCAAUAAGGCGCUAUUUCCAUAUAGCAUUGACAAGCGAGAUUGUAAUUGCCUAUUUUGUAAUAAACUGCCAUACGACUAAAUAAAUAAUUGACAAGCGACAAUGUGGUACCUUUUGGUUGAAAACGUCACAUAUAGUUCCAGUUUAUAAAACAAACGAAACAGAGCAAAAACAAGUUUUGUAUGAAAAACUUAAAAUUCGCUGUAUUUUUUUAACUAUGGUAUCUGAAGCUUCAUAAACUAAUUACAGACAUAGAUAUACCCAAGUCCUAUUGUGAUACAGUUUCAGAGCAAUCUAGCUAAUCGUUUUAAAAUGAAUAUAGCAAAUAAUCCGACCGAAUUACGUAGGUUGUUUCUGGUAUGUUGUCAGGAACGUUAAAACGUGUUUUUAAUUUUGUCGCAUUGCGUAUGUUCUGUCCCUCACGGUCGCACGGGUGCACAUCUAUAUAAAAUACUAGGUGUAUGGUCUAGGUACUUCAGUGUAUGGUGGCGCCGCCUAUUUACUGUUUUUUUAUGGUUACUUUUUGAUACAUGAAGAUUCAUUACCUUAUCUCGACCUUCCAUAAUUAGCAUGAAGAUGGCGUGAAGUGUCAAGUUUCCGACUUUGUUCACAAGGUGGCACUGUCAGACUACAACGCAUACGUUCCCUAUUGGACACUGCUCAGGAUGGUAUUACAUUUGUCCAAUGUGCAUUGCGUCUUGCGUCUCACUCUCUCAUUAAGCAAAAUGUGAGACGCAGUCUAGGGGUGAAAAUUCCGGAAAAAAUCAAAUGUAAUUUUCGGGAAUUUUGCAAAAUUUCGUUUUUUUAUUAAAUACGUCACACACAAUGCCACUGAUGACUGAUGACAGUGUCAAUGCCAUAGACAAACACAUUAGAUAUGCAACAUUAACCUACCUGUUUAAAUUCCUAAUUAAGUAUAUUGAAAAAUACAUUGUUUUUUUUCGAAAGAAACUUGAAAAAAACGAGCCGUUUUGAAAUUUUCCCGGUUUUUAUACGGAACGGACUUGGUUACAAUUUAAACACGAGUUAUUGAAAAAAAGGCUGUUUUCUAUAAAAACACGUUUCCGUAAUGCCUUGUAAUGCCCUGUUUGUUGCCUUAAAUUGUGUAGAUUGCUUUAAUAGAAUUACAUCCAUUGCAUGAAGUAGAUACGAGAAUGUAUUUAGUGUCUGUAUAUUUUACUUAAUGUUAAGGCAGAUUUUCACAAAUGCUGCGAUGAAUAAAUAAUCAAAUUAGCAGUAUUUGCGAAUUGCAUCUUUAAUGUAUAUGACUACAAGAUGCAAUUCGCAAGUCGAAAUUAAUUGCUUUAAGUGUAAAUUAUUGAUAGACUUGGCUGUAUAUUUAUAAAUGUUAUAUUUCGUGAUAAUGUUAAUAUUUAUACCUGUAUAAAUGAUAUAUUAUAGACUGUAGUAAAAUUUAUAUCGGAA